AAAUGCAGGCCGGGCUUCCUCCUCCCAGUGCGGGCGGGGGAGGGGAGGGGGCUCGAGGCCGGGGGGGAAGGGGGGGGGGGAGGUGGUCCCGACUCCCCCUCCGCCGUAGCCCGCAAAGCCGAUCCUGGCCUCCUGCAGAGACGCCUCAGCGCCCUCCUGCAGACCUGACGACCCCCUCCCCGGGCACCCCGGCCCUGGCCGGGUCUCGCGGGUACCCCCUCCUCCCCGGGAGCCGCCGGCGGAGCGCCGGUGGAGGAAGCGAGGAGACCCAGGAGGAUGCCGCCGCCGCCGCCGCUGCAGGGCCCGGGGCUCCUGCGGGGCGCGAGGCCUCCCUAACCAGGGAAACCCGCCCAGGCCAGGAGGAGCGGCUAGAGCUGUGGAGAGUCAAAGAGAGGAGAUGCGCUCAGAGAUUACCCCCUCCUUCUCCACUCCCCACCACCAGGCUGGGCUCUCCAGCUUCGGGGGAUCCUGGCCCUCCCUCUGCCACUACCCUCUUCUCCUCGGGUGAGAAAAACCCCGAUGGUAUCGAGAUUAAAGAGAAAAAAAAAGGGCGGCCGCACCCCGCCACCACCUCUAGUCCCCCGCUGCCCAGCGACCACAAGCAAAGCGGGGUUCGGCCUCCAGCAACGAGGCUUCCCUGGCCGGAUCGCUGCGGCUGUUAAACCUCCCUCCGGUUACCCCAGCCAUUAAGAAAAAGGUGAUCGAGAAAUAUUUGGUCCACACACAAAGACAUCCAGCGAAACGAAGGCACAUUUCUGUGUGAAAUGGCACAGGAGCAGAGGAGACAACGCGUCAGUGCAGCCCAGAAAUGAUAAGAAUAACCGGGUGCCAGAGAACAGUGGGCUUUUGGAUUCUGCCCCCGCGCACCUUAUCAGGAUCCCUAAUUCCCUGCCACCUCCCGGGGUUCCCAGACACAAACCGCCUCGAAUUCCCAAAGAGGGGCUCUCAGCCACCCGCCUCCCACAUACCUGCCCCUUCCUUAGGCUCUCUCUGUGUGGCCCUGAGCUGCUGGGCGGCCCAACACAGAGGCUCCACCAAUGAGUGCCCAGGGGCGCCCACUCCCAUCCACUCACUGCACCCCCGACUUACCCCCACCUCAUAUAUCAGCUGGAAAAAAAAAAAGGCAGGGUGGAAAUAUCAAUAAAGGAAAAUGCAGCUUC